AUGCUAAGCACUCCCAUCAUUGUGCAGGACUAUACUGAAGUGGCAGAAGACACAAAAAACAGUGAUCAAGUACCUGAACGAAAAACAGCAACUCUGAGCCCCGGCACGAGGAGAAAGAUCAGGGGCCCAAGAAGACAGUUAAAAAAGUUGGAACAUGUGUUCCGGAGAGCGUAUCAGCUACAUGAAAGAGGAUCUCCAUCCCAGAGAGUAAAACACAGCAGCCCCAGCUCUCAGGAGGAAGAGGAAGCUCCUGGAAAAGCCUAUCAGCUUUAUACACUAUACAGGGAUAAAGAUGGACAGAUAAAGCAGGCUCCUGCGAAUGACUGUCAUUGUAAGCCCCUCAUUAAAACUCUGGAGAAUAAGCUGAAAGCCGCAAAGAUGGAGAUGCGGUCAGAAAUUCACACUGUCCAAGAGGAGAUCAAUUGCAGGCUGGGUGGAAUAGAGCAAAAAAACAAGCACCAGGUUUGUUGUUUGCUGUGAUAUUGCAAAUUUUUUGUUUA